AUGGAAUUGUUAGAGCCAAUGUUCCUUUUAGAAUGGCAAAAUAGAAGUAUAGUGUCAAACAAGUAUGUAACUGUUGAGUUCUAUGGUGGCAAACUCAAUGGUGUCAGUUAUAGUGAUCCUACUACUGUGAAAAAAUAUGCUAGACGUGCUCAAUUGGGUGAAAUUUUUGAAUUAGAUCGUGCUACUUUGAAAUUCGAUGGUGUUUUUCGUAGCAGUACAAGGGGUUGGUUUACUUCUGGAUAUGCUUCAUUUGCUUUGCUCUUCUUCUUCGGACAUAUUUGGCAUGGUGCUAGAACCUUGUUCAGAGAUGUUUUUGCUGGUAUUGACCCAGAUUUGGAUGCUCAAGUAGAAUUCGGAGCAUUCCAAAAACUUGGAGAUCCAACUACAAGAAGACAAAAUGAUGUACAAAGUCAACAUAUCUCAAUGAAUAGAAUAGGAUUUAUGGCUACACAAACUGUUGAGCACGCUUCUAGGUGUGGUCUAAGAUAA